AGCUUUAACGAGCAGCUGAGUCUCUGCAGCUGAGGCCCUGAUUUAGUCCAAAUUAAAAAAAUUACAAUACAUAUUCAUCUGUAGCUGCCAGCUGACACGUUAAAUAACAAGUCAGUCAAGCAGGUUCGUAUUAGCCAAGAUCACAUACUGAUGAUUUACUUGUUGAGGCCUGACAAAACAGUGUUUUAAACGUGUGAUUACCAUGAAUUAACAAUAACGGGGAACUGAAUAAUUUGACAGAUUUUGCCCCAGGAGUCGAAAAAGAUCAGAAGCUUUUACUCUGAGCAGAGCACAUGAGAAAAAAUAAUCACCAGGAACUGCAAGAAAGGUUCAGUUAGUUGCAGAGCGGCUGAAUGUGUACGACGUGGCCAAAGCCUGCAGCAAAGCUUGGUCUUUACUCAACUGCCCUAAUUAGAAACCAGCAAAUAAAAUACAGUGGGGUCCCUCCCAUCUGCAGCGGAAAGACAUCAGAUCUCCAGGAAGGCGGAGCUGCGUUCCAGAUUGGCUGAGCUUCAGCUGCAGCUUUCUGGCCCGCAGCAAACUCUGGGGAUUGUGGGAGACGGAAAAAAGGAGAAGAUGAAAAGACAAGUGGAGGAUGCCCCUGAGGCCCUUCCAUCACAGACGCCUCCAGCCUCCAAGAUCCUUAAGGGAGAAGCCGAGUCCAGAGCUCCAGCAUCGCCAGCGCCGGCUGCCAGGACGAGGGAGAGGGGGGGGGAGGCAGGCACGGGCAGACAGCAGGACGGCACGCAGGCAGCCGAGGUGUCAGAUCACUGCCGGAGCGCGUCAGCAGGCCGCUCAGACCCCAGCGAAGAGCAGCAACUGGAGCAGGAAGAAGCUGACUUCACGUCCCUCAGAGCGUCCUGGGAGAAGGCGAAGUUUCGCCUGAGACGACUGGACGGUCACAACGACAUAGUCACUUGCGCGGUUGCCGUUGACAACCUGGUGGUUUCUGGAAGUCGAGACACAACGGUGAAGGUGUGGCACGUUCCCACAGCAACGGAGCAGAAGAAUCUGGGGGGUCAUACUGGCGGAGUUACCUGUCUGUCUGUGCCUCCCCCUGAGUACUGCAAAAGGCUGGCCUGGUCCCUGUCUUUGUCCGACAGGGAGCGCUUUCUUCUGAGUGGCUCGGCCGACUGCUACGUGAAGAUCUGGGCCCUGAGCGUUGGGCAGUGUGUGAAGUCUAUCUACACGUUCAACGCCGUGACUGCUCUGUGCUUCGUGCCAGAGGGAGACGGCUACAUCGUCGCCGGAUCAGACGGGGGGAAAGUUCAAGCCUGGAGCUGGCACACUUUUGAGAACUGCCAGUCAGCCAGCGCUCACCAGGAAGCAGUCACCUCCAUCCAGUCUCAGGGUCCGCUGGUGUUCAGCGGCUCUGCCGGGGGAGAGGUGUCUGUGUGGGAGAACCGGCGCUCGGCUCGAGACCCCCUGAGGCUGCUGCACCGCUGGAGCGGCCAGGUGACGGGCUGCAGAGGGGGGCCGGGGGGCCGCCUGACCCUGAGCCCGCGGGGGGACAGAGUGUUCCUGGGUUACGGGCGCGCCUGGCUCAAGAUCCUGCACUGGAAGACGGGAACGACAUCCAGACUGACCAAUCACAGCAGCAUCACUGGGGUAACAGAUUGUGUUCACCAGACAGGAGGCCUCCUAAUUGGCUCCUGCUAUGAUCUGGCAAACGGAGAGAGCACUCUAAAUUUGUUCUCGCUCCCUCAGUGCCGGUACCUGGCCUCUCUGACCUGGCCCGACGCCCCCAGAAUCCUGUGCUUCGCGGCGUGGACCACGGGGAGCGGAGACCACCGGUGGGUCACGGGAGGUCGCGAUCUCAUCGUGUGGGAGCAGCUCCCCAGCUCUGGCAAGCGGAGGGGUGACGUCACAGUGAGGAGAGACGGUGGAUUGGACUCCUGCUCUCUGGAGUCUGAGGGGGACACAGAGGAUGAUGAGGAAACUGAUGAUCACGAGGACGAUGACGACAGCGGGGGCGCGGGGGAAGGCGCUCCCGCCGGCGCGGAGGACGGAGGGCCCGGGUCGUGGCUGCGCUGCGUCCUCCAGUGAGCGCCGGCGUCUCGCGCCGAAGACGCCGCGGCCCGGAGCCGCGAAGCGGAAAUGAGAGGGAGGGGGCGCCGUGACAGCGGCGGAGGGCGCAGGGGAGUGAGGUGUGACAGGCUGAGUGUCGGUGUCGAAGGAGGAGCAUAUGGACGGAGGAAGUGUGUGUGUGCGUGUGUGUGUGUGUGUGUGUGUGUGUGCGCGUGUGCGUGUGUGAUAGGCAGAUUGUUUUCUAUGUAAAUAUUAUUUUCACAUACAAUAAAGCUGUUAAGCGUCGACUCUCA